CAGCCGAGCCUAUGUGCCUCCCUCGAGCAAAAGCACAAAGUUGCAGACGUGUCACGUCACGUACGUACGCGCAUCUCUGGCACGCACGCAAGGCACGUAACGUGCUCAGCAAUGGCGGCCGAGGCGGCCGUCGUCCUCUUCGUCGCCGUCUUCCUCCUCUCCGUCGCCUGCCGGCCCGGCUCCUCGCAGAGCUACAACGCGAUAUACAACUUCGGCGACUCCAUCACCGACACCGGCAACCUCUGCACCGGCGGCUGCCCGUCGUGGCUCACCACCGGCCAGCCUCCCUACGGCAACACCUACUUCGGCCGCCCCACCGGCCGCUGCACCGACGGCCGCGUCAUCGUCGACUUCCUAGCUGACCGCUUCGGCUUGCCGCUGCUUCCGCCGUCGAAGGCGAGCGGCGGCGACUUCAAGAGAGGCGCGAACAUGGCCAUCAUCGGCGCCACCACCAUGAACUUCGACUUCUUCCAGUCGAUCGGGCUGGGCAACAGCAUCUGGAACAACGGCCCCCUCGACACCCAAAUCCAGUGGUUCCAGCAGCUCAUGCCGUCCAUCUGCGGGAACGACUGCAAGAGCUACCUGGGCAACUCGCUGUUCAUCUUCGGCGAGUUCGGCGGCAACGACUACAACGCCCCUCUCUUCGGCGGCAAGAGCAUGGACGAGGUGAAAGGCUACGUGCCCCAGAUCAUCAGCAAGAUCACGAGCGGCGUAGAGACGCUGAUCGGGCUCGGCGCGGUGGACAUCGUGGUGCCGGGCGUGCUGCCGAUCGGGUGCUUCCCGCUGUACCUGACGCUGUACCAGAGCUCCAGCCAGGACGACUACGACGGCAAUGGCUGCCUCAAGAGCUUCAACUCGCUCGCCGUCUACCACAACGGCCUGCUCAAGCAGGGGCUCGCCGGCGUCCAGAGCAAGUACCCGGCCGUCCGGCUCAUGUACGGCGACUUCUACGACCAGGUCGCCCAGAUGGUUCAGUCUCCCGGGAGUUUCGGGCUAACAUAUGGCCUGAAAGUGUGCUGCGGCGCCGGUGGGCAGGGCUCCUACAACUACAACAACCAGGCGAGGUGUGGCAUGUCAGGGGCGAGCGCCUGCGGAGACCCGGAGAACUACCUGGUCUGGGACGGCAUUCACCUCACCGAGGCUGCCUACCGUUCGAUCGCGGAUGGAUGGCUCAGGGGGCCAUACUGCAGCCCGGCUAUUCUGCACUGAGCUGCUGACGACCUGAUGAACUCCUCUAGGCUUUUUUUCUGUAAAGCUGUAUCGGUCUUUGGCCUGGAAAGAAAAAUCUGCACUGCUCUGCAGGUGGCUGUUUAUAUGCUAGCAAUAAUUAGUGUAUUUGUAAUAGUAAUGUUGUAUCUGAUAGGGAAUGUUCUGAAAAAUAAUGCUGGGAGAUGGAGCUGUAAUGGCGAUGGGAUGGAGAUAUUGGGAGUGCAGGUGUUGGCA